AACUUAUCGUCCAACAUGAAGAUCUUCGUCGUCAUCGCUCUUUGCGUCGCCGUCGCCAACGCCGGGUUCUCCGGAGGCUCGUCGGGAGGUUGGCAGCAAGAGCAACAAUCUUCUGGAUGGGAACAACAACAGUCCUCCGGAUGGCAGCAGCAGCAGCAACCCCAGCAGGAGCAGAAGAUCAUCAUCAUUAAGCAACAGGGAGGUCAUGGUGGAAGCUCCGGAGGAUCCCUCACCGUUGCUGGUCCCACUCACGUGAUCAAGACCAUCCACCAGGUCCGCACCAUCGACCAAGGAGGAAAGAUCCUUUCCAAGAGCGGUGGUGGCUCCGGACAACAAGCUAAGGUCCUCGUCGUGAAGGAAGUCAAGACCGCCACGAUCCAGCACGCUCCCAAGCAGCAGAACAACGGCUGGGCUCCCCAGCAGCAGAACAAUGGCUGGGCUUCUCAGCAACAGAACAGCGGAUGGUAAAAAGGAUUUACCGUACUCGUGUACACACGGUGUAAAUAAACUA